AUGUUCAGGCUCAAUGUUGCCCGCCAAUUCGUGCGAGCAGCUCGUAUGCAGCCUGCACUAGCUGCACCCAGAGCUAUUCAACCAGCUGCAGCUCCGGUGCGCAUGUUCUCUUCAUCGCCCUUCUCACGCAAAGACGAUUACAACCGCGACGACGUCGAUGCAGCCACCACAGCUGGCGAGCCCGGCGAGAGUGGAGCUCACGAGGGUCAAUAUGCGCGUACGCAAGAUAGCAUCCGCGUUGAAUAUCCUGAGGAAGAGGACCUUCCACGCUCUCAGCCAGUUCAAGGUCGAGGUGGUGUUCACGACAAACGCACCCUGGGCUCCUUUUCUCUCGAGGGGCGUGUGGCUGUGGUCACGGGAGGUGCCCGCGGCUUAGGCUUCGUCAUGGCGCAAGCUCUGGUCACCAGUGGAGCCGACGUCGCCAUCGUGGACAUGAACAAGGAUGAAGGUCAGCUGUCAGCUAAGAGCCUUAUCGACACCUUCAAAGCCGAAAACCCGGGAAGCUCCAAGAUCCCCAAGGUUACAGCUCACUUCUGCGAUGUCUCCAGCCCGACUUCGGUCAACCAGUCCCUGACGGAGAUUUUGAAAGAGCAUGACAAAGUUGAUCAUUUGGUCACCUCUGCUGGUUUCACCGAAAAUUACGAUGCCAUCUCGUACCCCCACGAUCGGAUGCAGAAGCUGUGGGGUGUCAACGUCGAUGGCACUUACCUCUACGCUGUAGCCGUGGCCAAACAUUUGAUGAGCAGGAACUCUCCAGGCAGCAUCGUCAUGAUCGGUAGCAUGUCCGGUGCCAUUGUUAACGUGCCUCAACCCCAAGCACCAUACAACGCAGCCAAGGCAGCUGUGCGCCAUCUCGCAUCCAGUUUGGCAGUUGAAUGGGCUAGCGCAGGCAUCCGCGUGAACUGCAUUUCCCCUGGAUACAUGCUUACAGCUUUGACCAAGAAGAUUCUCGACGAUAACCCGGAGCUCCAGAAGCAAUGGACAUCCCUCAUUCCCGUCGGAAAGAUGGGUCGGCCAGAGGAUCUCAUGGGUGCCGUCACCUUCCUUAUCAGCGACGCCAGUCUCUACGUGACGGUAAGGUGCGGAUCUGCGCGUCGACGGGGCCUACACCUGCACGUAAGCGUGGACAGGGCAAUGUCCCGGAGGGUACCAGGCGUUCGAAAAAUUGUGUGUUUGAUUUGCGAGGCCAGUCUCGGCUGGCGGAACAGGGAAUCUUGGCCUGGAAGCCAGCUAAAAUGGAGUUUAAAGCCUGCACAUGUACAGUAGUCGUGGGAAUUUAGAAAUGGCAUGGUGAAUCUCCUUUCCCGGUACCUAGGUUCCAGUCUCAGGCGUGCCAAUGUCCGGUGAUGUCCAAAUGAACCACAAUU